ACAGUGAGAAGGAGAAGAAGAAGAAAUGGGGAUGAUUUCUACAGAAGAAGACUCCGGCAAUGAAAAUAAACCAGAGAUAAUUGGGAUAGUAGAACCAUCAACCCUAAACCAAGGUGGUGGUGGCGGAGGAUCAGUUGAAGAUAUGUCAUCUCCAUGGAUUGAUUACGCAAUCCAACAAGCUAAAUUCAUUCAGAAAACCCUAGAAGAAAACAUUGAUUCAACUAUUCAGUAUUCUGGAUCCCGACUUUGUGAAAUCCGUUCUACUUCUUCUGCUCAUCUCCAUCAAACUCUUGAUUCUUUGAAAGAAAUGAAGUCGUUGUAUGGUGAUUAUGAAGAUGUUUUGUUUGGGAAGUUAAAAGAAGGUAUUGUUGUUGCUGCUUCCCAUCAAACUGUCACGGCUGGAGCAGCAGUUGGAUUAGGGUUAUUGCUAUUGAAAAGGCCGAGGCGUUUCUUGAUCAACCACGCUUCGCGUCUUUUCAUGAGUGAAGAGGCUUUGCUGUCCAGAGCUGAGGGUAAAGUGAAGGAAUUGCGACAAGCAGUUGACCUUGUGAAGGCUGAAAGUGAAAAACUGGAGCAAAAGGCUCUACAAGCGGAAGAGGAGAUGCGGCGAGGAAGAACAAAACUUAGACAAGCUGGAGAUCAGAUUCAAGGUGUUAUUCGUUCUGCGUAUAAGAUUGAGAAACAAGCCAGAGGCUUGAAGGAUAUUGUUGGAGAACUUCCAAGUAGAGAAGCAUCUCGAUUUCGGUCACAGGUUUCCAACUUGGCUUCUGAAGCUAAACGAGAAAGAAAUUCUCUUACUAAAGAGGUGUCAAGGAUUAGCAACUAUGGAAUAUCAGUUUGAUACAUUUUGUCCCCUGAAAUGAUUGCUACUACCCGGUCAUUUGAAUUUUGAGAAUUAUUACAAGUUUGUAACAGGUUAUCGCCAAAUAAGAUGUAAAAAUUUUAAAUAUUUUUUCAAGGCUAAGAUCAUCUAUGCAUUAGCAUAGUAUCUUGAUAUGCAAGUCUUCAAUAUUACAGAUCUAGGGGGGAAGAGUGAAAGGCCUCAAAACUCAUGUUGAAUAAACAGAGUGAAAUGCUCCUUUACAAA